GCUGAUGCACUGCAGCUGAGUGCACGCGCGAGUAUUUACGCUCCGGGUCACCGUCGUCCCCCGCAUCAUCAUCAUCAUCAUCUUCAUCAUGCCUCCGCUCGAGAGGAGCCAGCAGCUGCACAGCAAACCGUUCAAGCAGAGGAAAAGCUUCGCCACCAGGAAGCAAGAAGUGGCCGGAGUCCGCUCCAAGUUCCCCAACAAGAUCCCGGUCAUCAUCGAGCGUUACGAGCGGGAGAAGUUUCUUCCUCCUCUGGACAAAACCAAGUUUCUUGUUCCACAUGAACUCACCAUGAGCCAGUUCGUCACCAUCAUCAGGAACCGCAUGGCGCUGCUCCCCACCCAGGCCUUCUACUUGCUAGUGAACAACAGCGGCCUUGCCAGCAUGACCCUCAGCAUGGCUCAGGUCUACAGGGACCACCAGGAUGACGACGGCUUCCUCUACAUGACGUACGCCUCUCAGGAGAUGUACGGUCAUCUUUAGCACAGGCAUAUCAAAUUUUGUAUGUAAAUAAAUGUUUUUGUGUAUUUUAAUAAAUAAAUAAAUCUUAUGUAUACAUCA